GAGGUUAACACGCAUAACUUCAAAUCGAGGCACAUCGCAGAGAAUCACCGCGUGUCUCAUCAAAAGACAAAAUGAAUUCUGCAUCCUGCAAGGAUCAUGCAAUAUGCGGCGCCAUCAAAAUGAUUCUCGCCGUGGCUUCCUGCCCGAACGCUGUGUGUCCAGGCUCAUGUCUGGACGAUUUUGCGACUCAGGAAUGCCGAGACCAUCCAAACUGGAAGCCGUUCAUCAAGAAACUCUAUGCGGAUAUCCAAGCAUUCUUGGAAGCCAUUGCAUCCGUUUCUGAUGUUGGACCACGAUCAGAGGACGAGCGACAGAGGUCUACAGUAUUGGGGAGCUUAGACGGAUCGGGAUGUUAUCGACCGAGAAGUUCUGUUGGAGUGUCGAGCAAUGAACUUGAAUCUCCAAAUGUG